ACUCUGGAGGCUAGGUUUAAGAUUCAGUAAGCAGAGAGAGAGAGAGAGGAUCUCCACAGUACAAGUAAAUAAUGGACGCAGAAAACGAUCAGCAAGAAGAGGAGACUUUCAACAGCACAGAGAGCAAUGGUAAGCGCCCUGCACAGGACGCUGAUGACGAGCCAACAUAUAAGCGCUCGCGGAAAUCUGAUGACAUGGUGGAACUGCGUGUGCUGUUACAGAGCAAAAAUGCUGGAGCUGUGAUCGGAAAGGGGGGCAAGAACAUUAAAGCUCUGCGCACUGAUUACAAUGCCACUGUGUCAGUCCCAGACAGCAGUGGGCCCGAGCGGAUCCUGAGCAUCAACGCAGACAUCCCGACUGUAGCUGAGAUCCUGCUGAAGAUCAUCCCUACACUAGAGGAGUAUCAGCAUCAUAAAGGGGUGGACUUUGAUUGUGAGCUGCGGCUGCUGAUCCAUCAGAGUUUAGCAGGCAGCAUCAUCGGUGUGAAGGGGGCCAAAAUCAAAGAGCUGCGCGAGAGCACCCAGACUACCAUCAAGCUGUUCCAGGAGUGCUGCCCUCAGUCCACUGACCGUGUGGUGCUGGUUGGUGGUAAAGCAGACAGGGUUGUGCAGUGUAUUAAAACCAUGCUGGAGCUCAUUGCUGAGGCACCAAUUAAAGGCCGUGCACAGCCAUAUGAUCCAAACUUUUACGAUGAAACGUAUGACUACGGUGGCUACAGCGUAAUGUAUGAAGAACGUGGACGCCGGCCAAUGGGAGGGUUCCCCUCACGAGACCGUGGGUUUGAUCGCAUGCCCCCUCGCUCUGGCCCGCGGGCACACCACAUGCCCCCAAGAGGGAGAGACUACGAUGACAUGAGUCCACGCCGAGGCCCUCCUCCGCCCCAGAGAGGAGGCCGAGGAGGAGCCCGACCGCCACGCAACAUGCCAAUGGGACCUCCCCACCACCGCCGAGGUGAUGACCAGUACUCCUACAGCUCCCACCGCAGUCACUCGGACGACAGACGGCAUGGGGACAGGAGAGGAAGACCUGGGGAUCGCUACGGUGGCAGUAUGAAUGAUGGAGGCUACGACAACAACUCAUCUUGGGAUAACUAUCAUUCUGGUGGAAGGGGUAGCUACAGUGACAUGGGAGGUCCUGUCAUCACCACGCAAGUGACUAUUCCCAAAGAUUUGGCUGGAUCCAUCAUCGGAAAGGGAGGCCAGAGGAUUAAGCAGAUCCGCCGUGAAUCUGGAGCGUCGAUCAAAAUCGAUGACCCACUCCAGGGCUCUGAAGAUCGCAUCAUCACCAUCGCUGGCACGCAGGACCAGAUUCAGAAUGCACAGUACCUGCUACAGAACAGUGCUCUUCAUAUCCUGGGACGCCAUGACUAACCCGACUCGUCCUCCGCCUUUCUCAGGACCUGCAGCGCCACUCCACGUGUGACACCCUGCAUCCCUCCACCACCAUUACUCUGCAGCAGCUUAGAUUUUGUGCGAGGGAAGCUCUUUGGUCGAGCUUUCAGCUUCAGCGGACGGAUCGAUUGGAAUGUCCUCCUGUUAUCUAGGAUUGAGUUCAUAUUUUGCUUGGCUUUAUAUUUUUUAAAGUUUUGGGUUUUAUUUUCACUUUGUUAUAAGCACCAUGCUUGCAAUGCUUCACAGAAAAGCCUGCCAUUAUGCUGUUGGGUUUUGUGUUGCUUUUCUUCAACCAGCCAUCCCAAAUCAAUCCAGAAUGUACUUUUUUUCUUUCUUUUUUUUUUUUUUUUUUAAGAUUUUUAAUAUCUGUUUACUUUCUCUUUUACGAAGUUGAAGGAAAAAAAUCUUUCUUGUGGCUGUAUGGAGAAAAUGGUGUGUAAAUAUCCAGUCAUUUAUAUUCAAAAAAGAAUUGGUAUAUGAAUCGGAAAUCCCGUACCUGUUCUGUCAGUGUGUCGCUCUCCUCUGUUGAUCCAGGCUUUACAGCUUAAUGUUGUAGGUUGUGUAUCAGUUUUCUCUCUCCCCAGUUUAUUGCUGGGUUUUAAAACCUGGUGUUUAUCCAAUUUGCUCUACCUCUGGAAUCUUUUUCAUAGGUCUGCCACUCUGAAAUGGGUCCCCCUUUUUCUUUUCUUUUUAAAUGGAAAGUGUGGGUGUGAAGUUGUACUACAUUAGAUUGUGUUCAUGUCAGGACAGAACAGUGAAUUGGGGAUUUUCUCCCUCUGUCUUUGUUUUUUUUUUUUUUUGUUUUUUUCUUACUCAAAUUGUAUGAGGUUCCUCACCACAAUACAUUUGUAGACUGUCAUUUGUCAACAAUAAUAAAAGAUAUGCCAGUUUUUUUUAAUGAAA